GGGGCGCGGGCGGGCGGUGCUGGGCGCACCCCUCCCCGCGGGGGCGGCAGCGAGGGCGGGCCAGCACCCGGAAGAGGAGCCGCCGCCGCCCGCCUGACUUCCCUGGCGGGCAGGGAAGCAAGGAAGCAGGCGGGCGCCAUGCUGCAGUUCUUGCUUGGUUUUACUCUUGGCAAUGUGGUUGGGAUGUAUCUGGCUCAGAACUAUGAUAUUCCUAACAUUGCAAAGAAGCUCGAAGAUUUUAAGAAGGAUGUGGAAGCUAAGAAGAAACCUCCCAGCGACAAGUCCUAAGAAAGCAAUGUUACCCAGGUCACCUCUGUGCGUGCGUCAAGGAUGCAAUUUAUCUUUGAGGCAACAAAGAUCAAGUAGAGGGUUGGCGUGGGAGGUUCCUCCAUUUUUAGUCUCCUAGAAAUGGAAUGUCCUUCUUUUGAAAGAGCAGCCGUGAACUUUCCUGGGACUGAUUUUCAAGGAUCUAAGGAUUUGAAUUUGCAGCUGAUAUGUGACUGGAUAAGAUUGUUUGUAUUUUUCGUUACUGCUUUUCCUAAUAUUUUGUAACCCAUUUUUACCUGAUCCAACUGGAGCCCUGUUAGUCCUGUUACUAUGCGUACCUCACACUCUGUAAUACCCUAGUACUUAGAACGUUACAAAAGACAUUAAAUGCAUCAAGAAGUAACUUUCUUGUCA